GCUCAUGUUCAAGUUCACAGGGUAAUGCCACACUGUUGUUCAUCAGAAUAAGACUGCUAUCAUGUAGUCAAAAUGGAUUAAAUGUGUUUCAAAGUGCCUGAACUGCUGAAGAAAACAGGCUGCUUUGUCACUGUUGAGUGUCCAGAGUUAUAAAAGGAAACGGGUCACAGUUACAUGUGGGAGAGUGUUUGUAGAGAAAUAAGAGCGAGCGCAGUAGGAGAAGAGUUUGCACUGCCUUAGAGGAAGGUAAGUUCAUAUGAUUCAGAGUUUUAAAAGGUUAGUUUCAGGAUUGGUUAGGUUUGUUUGCUCAGUCUGUCAACUCUGGAUUAUCCAGUGAAUAUGAAUGCAGGCUGCACAUUAGACAAACAAGAGGAACGCCUAGGAUAUGCUUUUUGUGUGCCAGUGAUGGAAAAUAACUGGGAACAUUUACUCAGUGAACAAAUUUAAGUCAGUUGUACUUUACUUUGGACUUCACUUCUGACAGUUCUGGAUGUGAGUCACUUUAUAAUUAUGCUUAUUAAAAAAUAUACAAAUCCCAUUCCAAAAAAAAAGCUGUAAAACAGAAUGUGAUCAUUUAAUUUGUUUUUUUUUUUUUAAAUAUACACAAUGUAAAGCAAUACAAAGAACAAUAAAAUUAUUGCUGUGACAUAUAUACUGGGACAGCAGCAACAAACAACACCUGUAUGGAACCUUCCACAGGUAAACAGGUUCAUUGGUAACAGGUGAGAGUAUAAUUACUGGGCAUGAAAGGGGCCUCCUCGAAAAGGUUCAGUCAUUCAUAAAGAGCUUGUUAAACAUAAACUGAACUUCUCAAAUGUGUCAUUUUAUUUGAGAUGAUGUUGCAUUCUGGUGUGUUGCCUGUCACCAUAUCUUCUGGGAGAGGGUCAGAGAGUGAGGAGGGAAGUGAAAAUGUAAUGUGAAGGCACGUCAGAUUUUCACCUACGCUGCUGGUGGUGGUUGUUUAAUAAUGACGACGGCAACUCCCACAGUCACAUGUUACUUAUGCCAUUUUGUUUUGUUUUUAUUGAUACCCCGCAUGGCAGAAACUACAUACUGUGUGUUUAGCAUUUUCAAUGCAAGACUUGUAACUGAGUAACUGAGCAUUUUUACAGCCGGAUAAUAUUUUCUCCACUACUGAUGUAUGUGUGUGUGUGUGUGUGUGUGUGUGUCAGUAUGUCUCUUCGGGAUCCGCCAUACGAACCUCCUUCUGUCUCGGAGCUGCAGGAAUUCCUGCUGGCAGACAGACAACCCACCGGGCAUGUCAAUCAAGUCUGGCCUAACCUUUACAUAGGCAACGAGGUGGCUGCUCGUGAUAAGGGCACACUCCACAGUCUGGGCAUAACUCACAUUGUUAAUGCCGCUCAUGGCGGCUCCAGCUCUGGCCCAGGAAACAGCUUCUAUGUGAACACCGGCCCAUAUUUCUACAAAGACAUGACAGUGGAUUAUUAUGGUGUGGAGGCUGAUGAUUCAAUACAGUUCAUCCUUAGCCCUUUCUUUUACCCAACUGCGCGAUACAUCAGGGCUGCACUGGCAAUGGGAGGAAGAGUGUUUGUCCACUGUCUGAUGGGCGUGAGCCGCUCUGCAACGCUGGUGCUGGCCUUCCUGAUGAUUGUGGAGGGCCUGAGGCUGCAGGAGGCGGUGGCUGCCGUCAGGCCGCACAGGGACAUCUGCCCCAACCCAGGCUUCCUGCAGCAGCUUCGAAGUCUCGAUAUGAGCCUGGAAAGGGAAAGGAGGAGGAGACGACAGGCCCGAAAUCUAGGUCACUCUGUCCAGGAUGAUGAAACACCAUCCCUGACAGAGCUGAGGCAAAUUCUGUGGGCAAACAGGAAGCCAGUGGCACCUGUCAACCAAGUCUGGCCCAACCUCUACAUUGGAGAUGAGUCCGUGGCACGAGAUAAAACCACACUGUCAUCUCUGGGUGUGACUCACGUGCUGAACGCUGCAGCAGGCCGACACCGGAUCAACACGGGUCAGCAGUUCUACAGCGACACCACAGUGGAGUACCACGGUGUUGAAGCUGCAGACCAUCCGGAGUUUAACCUCAGCCCUUUCUUCAGCCCUGCUGCAGAGUUCAUAGACAGUGCUCUGAAGAAAAACGGGAAGGUGUUUGUCCACUGUGCCAUGGGCCUCAGUCGCUCUGGAGCGCUGGUUCUUGCCUAUCUGAUGAUGUGCCAGGGUCUGUCAUUGGCAGAGGCCAUCGCGGCUGUGCGUCUGAACCGAGACAUUGGACCCAAUUCUGGAUUUCUGGAGCAGCUCAGGCACCUGGAGAUGAGCCUCAGCCAUCAGAGCAGACAGAUCACAGAGGAGGACCACUCUGACACAUCAUGACAC